CGCGGACCCAUGUUACGGGCGUUUCGCUCGAGUUGAGCGUUGUUUUGGCACUGUGAAACGAAGAGCGCGCGUUUGGAAGUACGGGGACGCGCCAAACAGUGCAGAUGUGUCGCAGAUUUGAGAAGUCACUGUACGUACGGAGAGAUCGAGUGCAAUGGAGAAAUUAAUCUGGAACUAAAGCGAAAACAAAGCUCACUUUCUAGAGGGAGGGUUGGGGGAGGAGAAUACCAUUUUUAAACACGACUUAUAGAUAUUUGUCAUAGCCUAUACAGUUACUUUGUAGCGGAGAGCUGAACUAACAGCGGUUAUUCUCAUCUCUACUAGAUCAGUUUAUUUCAAAGAGUGAGCAGAACGUUCUUUAUUGGACCAAUGGAGCUGUCAGCGAUUGGUGAACAAGUGUUUGCUGUGGAAUCAAUAAUCAAGAAAAGAGUUAGAAAGGGGAACGUGGAAUAUUUAUUGAAGUGGAAGGGAUGGCCCCCCAAAUACAGUACAUGGGAACCAGAGGAGCACAUCUUGGACCAGCGUCUGGUGCAGGCCUAUGAGGAAAAAGACCAAAAGGACAGAGCUCUAGGGUACUGGAAGAGAGGACCCAAAGCUAAAAGGCUUCUACUACAGAACACUAUUUACACCAUGGAUCUCCGUAGUGCCCACAAGGCCCCAGAGAAGCCUCCAGCUCGCCUACGUCUCUCCCUGACUCGCUCACUGGACUCUGAAGCAGAGGAUCCGACCUACGUGGCCUGUAGACGGAGCCUGCACCCCCACCUGGACCACCACAAAAACAAACCCAGGAGGUCACAGUUCGUGCGCCUGGCAUCUCCCCCUGGUCCCCCUACCCCCACACAGGACCCCACACAUGAGGACUGGGGAAGGAGGGAAGAGGAAGAUGAGGAAGAGGACAUGGAGGAGGAGGAAGCUCGACAGGAUGAGUCAGAGCGAGAGACAGAGAGGUCCAGCGGCAUUCUGAAUGUGCAGAAUAGGGCAGGGGACUGGAGUUCCGUGAUUGGCUCAGAGGAAGUGACCGUGUCAGAGAGGUCGGACGUUUGGAACCCAGUGAUUGGCCCAGGGGAGGUGACCGUGACUGACGUCACCAUAAACUCUCUCACAGUGACUUUCAGAGAGGCCCUGGCAGCCAAAGUGCAGAAUAGGGCAGGGGACUGGAGUUCCGUGAUUGGCUCAGAGGAAGUGACCGUGUCAGAGAGGUCGGACGUUUGGAACCCAGUGAUUGGCCCAGGGGAGGUGACCGUGACUGACGUCACCAUAAACUCUCUCACAGUGACUUUCAGAGAGGCCCUGGCAGCCAAAGGCUUCUUCAGAGGCUGGGGCUUAGAGUUCUAGAGAGUUCUAGAGGUUCUUGAGUUUUAUCUCCACACUGUCGGGAAUGCGUGAACUCUUUUUCUCCUCAUACGUUUACCCUUCUUCCCUUUCUGGCCUUGUGAGUGACCUCUGUCCACACUAACUUCCUCUUCCGUUCAAUAGGCAGACUGUAGUGUACAGUAUACACCGACUACAUUGAGAUGGGCAUAGACUCCUACAUCGAGCCGGCUAUACACAGUAUACUGUAUAUCAUAGCCUUCUAUACAAAAAAGAGUUUUGUGCACUGUAUCUGGACUGUUAUUAUUAGAUGUGGCUUAGUCUUGUAAUGAUUUAGAAAUCGUCUACAAAAUGACUUAAUCAGCCUGCAUACUUUUCUCCUCUCCUCUCUAUGGGUACAUAGUGAUAAUCAAGACAUGUUGGAUCCCACGAACACCCUGCGCAACACAUGCAGUGUAAACUGCCCUUAAAAGUGGAACCAAAACCUUUUUGAUUUUUUUAAACAAAAAACUGACUUGGGAACAGUCUCUUCUGAAUUGCACUGUAUUUACAUCAUGAUGUUGUCAUCUUUGUGGAAUCUCCCAUUGGUCAGUGGCUGUUUAUCCCACUCCAAGCCGAGGCUGAUGGUGUCUUGUGAGUAUGACUCGGUAAAAUGAUCUCCCUCUGCGAUCACAAUGCAGCAAGGGAUUAUGGGACUGCCUGAAGUUACUCUUUCUGGAGAUAUUUUGGGGCUUGUAAACGUGCGUCUGCACGCGCACACACAACAAUGCAACACUGACUGCCCCCUCUUUUUGGAUGUCUAUUCAGCUUAUCCUUUGAGCUUGAAGUAAGAGGAAUGCUUCUUCCACCUUAACUCCAGGGUUAGGAGAAACAGACUGAAGGGUAUUGUGUCUUUUUAGUCCUUAUUUUUCUAUAUAUCGAUCUGACUGAAUGUAAUUCAAUGUAUUUAUUAUUUGAAGGAGAAAACUUGUGUAUUAGUAAAUACUGAACAGAUUUUUUUGGUAACACUUUACUUGACACACAGCGUCGUAACACAUUGACAUGUUCAUAACCAUGUCAUAACACUGUCGUGACAUACAUUGCAUUAUUUUAUGGCUGGUUAUGACACCUACAAUACCG